AAUUUCGUAGAUGUACUGUUAUUCGUAUGAGCACGGCAUUCUCGCAGUUGGCGGAUCAGUCAGAAUAACUGAAAAUUUAAAAUGGAGAAGUUGAGAGCUACACGUCAUUGGCUCCGGCGAUCAUCGAGAUCGCUGCUUGAUCGUCGGUCGGAGCUGAAUUCUGAGAAAUCGCUUCACCGCUCCGUUCUUGCGCAAUCAUUUUCUGGAUACCAGAAACGGAUUCUUCCGGUAUGUUUACAUCCUUUGAGAGAUUACAGAGGUCUCGCCGAAACAAAUGCGAUUCGGUCCAGAUGUUUUGGCUCUGUGGCUGAGCUGGUUCAGAGAAGCCCUUCCUUUUCUACGUUGAAUUCUGAUGACAUUAGCUAUUUUAAAGACAUUCUAGGGGAGAAGAAUGUCAUCCAGGAUGAGGAUACACUUGAAUUUGCAAAUACGGAUUGGAUGCGGAAGUAUAAGGGCUCAAGUAAGCUUCUGCUUCAACCUCGGAGCACUGAGGAGGUCUCACAGAUUCUUAAAUACUGCAAUUCAAGGCGUUUGGCUGCUGUUCCUCAGGGAGGAAAUACUGGUCUUGUUGGUGGAAGUGUGCCGGUUUUUGAUGAGGUGAUCAUCAAUUUUGGUUCAAUGAAUAAAAUCAUAGCUUUUGACAAGAUCAGUGGUAUUUUGGUAUGUGAAGCAGGAUGCAUAUUGGAAAAUCUUACUUCUUUUCUGGACAAUGAAGGAUUUAUUAUGCCACUGGACUUAGGUGCGAAAGGUAGCUGCCAGAUUGGUGGAAAUGUUUCAACCAAUGCUGGUGGUUUGCGUCUUGCUCGUUACGGUUCACUUCAUGGGAAUGUACUUGGUCUGGAAGCUGUUUUAGCAAAUGGGGAUGUGCUUGAUAUGCUAGGCACUUUACGUAAAGAUAACACUGGAUAUGACUUAAAGCAUUUGUUUAUAGGAAGUGAAGGAUCCCUGGGAAUUGUAACUAAAAUUUCUAUACUUACUCCUCCCAAGCUAUCUUCAGUAAAUUUAGCUUUUCUUGCAUGCAAAGAUUAUUUUUGCUGCCAGAAACUCUUACAGGAGGCAAAAUGGAAACUUGGGGAGAUUCUGUCUGCUUUUGAAUUUUUGGAUAUUGAAGCAAUGGAUUUAGUUCUAAAUCAUUUAGAGGGAGCUCGGAAUCCAUUGCCUGCUUCAAUGCACAACUUUUAUGUUCUGAUUGAGACAACAGGCAGUGAUGAAUCUUCUGACAGGGAGAAACUUGAGGCCUUCUUACUAAGCUCAAUGGAAGGUGGUUUAAUUUCUGAUGGUGUAGUUGCACAAGAUAUUAACCAAACAUCCUCAUUUUGGCGUAUACGUGAGGGUGUGGCAGAAGCAUUGAUGAAAGCAGGGGCUGUAUACAAAUAUGAUUUAUCAAUACCGGUUGAAAAGAUGUACAAUCUUGUGGAGGACAUGCGAGCAAGACUUGGUAAUUUGGCCAAAGUAGUUGCAUUUGGGCACCUUGGGGAUGGAAAUUUACAUCUUAAUAUUUCAUCUCCAAAUUAUGAUGAUAUGAUUUUGGCACAAAUUGAACCCUAUGUCUAUGAAUGGAUAUCUAAGCACCGUGGGAGCAUUAGUGCAGAGCAUGGCCUGGGACUGAUGAAAGCUAAUAAGAUCUUUUACAGCAAAUCAUCUGAAACAGUGCAAUUAAUGACUUCCAUCAAAAAGUUGCUUGACCCCAAUGGCAUACUCAACCCAUACAAAGUUCUUCCACAUUCACACAAUCCAUAAAUCUGAGAGUAUGUCUAGGGAGGAUGGCAAUUAUUGAUGCAAGCUAAGCUGUGGAAAUGAGGGCCUACUAGUUUGAUUAGAGGAAUAUUGGAUUUGGCAAAUAAAGAUCAUCGUUUUUGAUGCUGUGCAGGAAUUUGGUGUAAUUAAAAAUCAGAAUACGAUAAUAAUGUAGGGAGCAGGUGUCUGCUAAUUUGAACAUGGUGAAACUGCUACAUCUAGAUCUUACUUUUUAAGUUUUUUCUUUGUGAUGGAAAAAAAGGCAUUGUCUGUAUGAUGAACUUGCUGCUUUUCUUUACCACUCGACUUAGACGAAAUGAAGGUAGAUUUGUUUU